GUCCUCUGCAGAGCCGCUGUCCAGUGACGUGAUGCAGGAGUAACCACUUGGCCCGUGCCAAAUCUGCAUCGCGUUCUUCUCCCAGGACUUACCGUCAGUGACUGACCAGCGCAAGGCCCCGGCUGCUACUGCAGGAUCCACAAGCUCGUAGUCAAAGUAGAGGUCGUCUAUUGGCAGGCUCAACCCGCCAUCCCGGCUUCGCACCACAAUACGACACCUGCAGUGGUAGUUGUUCUGGUUUCGAAUGUUGAUGACAAUGCUGCCAUCGGUCAUCUCAACGGGCUGCAGGAAGGCAGAAGAGUGAAGGGGAAGUUAAGGAUGGGUCCAAAAAAGCCAACAAACCAGCUUGGAAAGAAGGAGGGAUUCGCUGUGGACUUAGAUUUACAGAGGAGAGGAAACCCACAACCACUUCCCCUCCUCCCCGUGCCCUCCUCUUGCUGCCUGCCCUACGUUUUCAAUGUCGUGACGGCACUUAUUCUGCCUUCCGUGGACUGCCAGGUUUGGUCCCCUCCGAGAAGAUGGAGGACACAAAUGAGGACAUGAAGGAGGACGGUGAAAUGGCUGAUGUACAGAGCAACGACAGACCCAAAUGGACAAAUGGUCAGUGUGUGUUGGCAAUGCCCAGCUAUUCGCUCUUAAACCCCAGCUUUGACCUGGCUUCGUGCAGCGCCACGCUGGAGACCAACGGCUUCCAGAUUCCGGUGGCAGACAUGGAAGCGCCGCUGAGAACAGCCCUGGAUGUUCCUUCGGUCAGAAGAUACAUGAUUUUCAACUCCGCCUUGUUCCAUUUUAUGGUGGCGCCGUUUCUGUAUUUGGUGUUGUGGUGUGCGGUCUUCUCCACGCUGCGCCUCUACAUGAGCCUCGUGGACUACUGGAUCCUGUGUCUCUGCGUCAGUCUCAUCUCCAUCUUCCUCACCACCGCCAUCCUCUACGCUCUCAACCAGAGUAAGAAAGAGAUCAACGUGAACUUGGAUGUGCGGCUCAUCCAGGUGAACGAGAGGAUGGUCAAGCACAAUCUGCUGGUGGCCGUGGCCGACUGGGUGCACAACUGCAGAGGAAGCAUGCAGUUGUACUUUGUGUAUUGGGACAUGGCGCGUUGUUUGACAACGUUGACUGAAACGUUAGAGGAACACGCUUCAGCGGACGUUGACUCCCGGAACAUAUUGAAGAAGAUGUCCCAUCUGGUCCUGGUGACCGAGGCGGGCGACCCUGAAGAAGUGGCUGACUCGGAUGUGGAGCAGGCUUCAGGAGAGCAGAGGCCUCUGCUGAGAAACGAGGACACGGGCUGCGGUUCCACUUCCCACCAGAGGAAGGGCGCCAGAGUCACUGCCAACUAUAGCCUCGUACCCCAUGCAGCCUUACCUGCUCAGGCUAGAGCAUACCAGCUGCUGAUGACCUACAGCGCCGCCUACGUGAAGCUGCUGGCGUCUGAGAGACUGUCCGUACCGCGGCACCAUCGCUUACGGCCGCGCAAGAACCACUGCCCCACCGCGUCAUUCUGCCUCUGCCAGUUCAUCAAAACCAAGAUCCUGGACUAACAUAUCAGACUGCGAAAACAAAAACAAACAAAAAGAAAUGGCCAAGUGCGCCGUUUUGAACGACAUUUGGUGUGUUUCUAUGCAGUGUUUUCCCCCUGGCACUCCCUGCCAAAACAUGCAGAGAGAAUCACCACGAGGAAGUUGGCGCUCAGAGAGGCGGGCAGCGCCAGGCCAAGUUAAACAAUCUCAGAGACUAAACGGCCAUCUGUGAUCCCAAGCACACAAGGAUGACUCAGCUGCCAUCGUUGGUUCCUCCCAAACAUGGUCUGAUCUGUUCACAUUUCAAUCCGUACAGUACCAAUUCCCGCUCCAUGUGAAUUGACACCGGUUCCGAUUUUCAGUACUUUUGUGUGAUAAUAAAUGUACAUUUCUUAAUAAUAAAAUAUUGUUUUUUUAUUUAACAGUGAGAUGAUAACUGUGCUGUCCAGUUGCUAUAUCUUGUUUCCUUACACUUCUGAGUAGGGUUGUCCCCAUACCAAUAUUUUGGUACCGAAAUGUAUUUCGAUACUUUUCGAUACUUUUCUUAAUAAAGUGGACCACAAA